CAACCUGCUGAGUUUCUCCAGCAAUUUCUGAUUUUUUUUUUCCAGAUCUCCAGCAUCCACAGUUCUUUGUUUGAUUAAGAUGAUUAAGGAAUUUGCUGACUUGAGUUUUAACACCCAGAGAGAGAGGGGACCAGAAAACAGGUGUAUUCAAGAGGAGACGUUAAUACAGCAAAGGAGCUGUUAGUAGCAAUCUCCAAAACUAACCGGGGCAGGCUUGAGAAAGGGCCUGAGUAGCUUAAUAGAAAAGCCCAGAAGUGGGAUAUUGCAGAGAUAUCAGAGAGGAAGACAGCCUGCAAUGCUGUUGAAGAAAUGAACUUAAGGAACCCUUGUUCCUUAACCCUCUUGAUGUCUUUAAAAUCUAGGUAAUAGUAAGCUCAGUUAGUAGCUUGUCUAAAGGUCUCGGGGAGAGACCUUAAUUCAAGGAAAUAGUGCUGAGUAAAUUCAUGAAAAUCAGCUGAAAGGAUAACAAGGCUUCAGCCAAGCCAGCUGAACAAAGUUUUAGUGUGGGAAGGGAGGCAGUGGUAGUGUCACUGAGCGGGUAAUCCAGAAUUCAGCGAGCUGCUGGAAAGAUGGGCUUUAUAGGUAUACAUGCACAAGCAACAUCAAUCUGCAGGCCCAGAUGGAAAUAUAGAAGGAGGAUUAAGGAUGAAUCUUUUUGGGUUUGAAUCUGUAGAUCUGGUGCUGUUCCACAUUGGGUAGGCUAAGGAUAGAAAAGCAAAAACUAGACUCUGCAGGUUUUGUAAGAGCCAUGAGUGAUGGUGAAGGCAAUCUGCAGAUGUCUUUCGGUGCACUGUGACUUGUUUUAAUUCCCUAAAGCCUUUGUUUUUUCAGAAGGCCGUUACCCGUCAACAUUGACGGAUAAAGUCAACGUUUACCAGCAUAACCUGCAAGACAGUCUGGUGACCAAUCAGAGGCUGGAUAAUUUUUUUAAAAAUCUAAUUGAAAGCAGACCAGUGGAGGUUCACCAGUGUGUUUUUGAUGAGACAGCCAUAAUGGAGCAGCAUGUUUUUGAUUCAAGUGAAGAUGAUGAUAAUUACACCUAUGAGGAUGAUGACUAUUCCAAUGAUGACGAUGACCACAACAUUGAUACAUUUUGUGGAUUACGGAAAAAUUUCCUCCAUCAUGUUCCAGAAUUGUCCACACUCAAACAUAUAACUGAUCCAUACAAUAAAGAAAACUCCAAUUCAUAUCGAGGUUCUGCUGAGGAGGCUGAGAGAAUUGCUCAAGAGUUGGUUAAUGAAGAGGAGCAGGCUAAAAAAAAGGCUGAGAAACGAAGACUUAAGAAAAAAAGACAGAAAGAGAGAAGGCGCCAACAGAAAUUAGAAAAAGAAAAUAGAAGUGAGAAUAAAAUUGGAGAGAAUGUCAAUGAUAAGAAAGUUCUGUCAAAGAAAGAAAGUUGUAGCGAUGGAGAGGAGGAUGGCAAAGAAGUGAGUGGAAAUAUUAAACGUGGUCUUGCUGUGUUACCUGAGAAGGGGGCUUCGGCAGGCAAAGAGCAGAGCUCCAACACAACUGACAGUAAAAAUGAGAAUAGUGUGAAAGUUACUGCUAGAGUGGGUGAGGAUGAGAACACCACCGAUAAAUCAGUAUAUAUAUCUGAGGAUGAGUUAGAUAUGAACAGUUCUUUUGUUUCAAAAGCUGUCACCCAGAUGAAACGUAAAAUGAAUAUAAAACCCAAAGCUGAGAGAAAAGAGACCGAAAAGAAAAAAGGUGAAAAGAAACUAGAGCAAACUAUGGACCCUAAUGCUUUGAAAGACAAGAUUUAUAAGUUGGCAGUGCAAGGAAAUAGUAAGGCUAAUGAGGGACGCUAUGAAGAUGCAGUGGAAUAUUUUACAGAAGCAAUUAAAUAUGAUCCAAAAGAAUAUAGACUGUUUGGAAACCGUUCCUAUUGCUAUGAGAGACUGAAGCAAUAUAGUCGAGCGUUGAGUGAUGCUCAAAUAGCAGUGAACCUGAAUCCAUCCUGGCCUAAAGGAUACUUCAGGAAAGCUAGAGCGUUAGCUGGAGUUAAGAAAUACAUGGAGGCCAUAGAGGCUUUCCAAGAGGUGCUAAAAAUUGAUAGUUCCUGUAAAGAUGCUGAAUAUGAGCUACUUCAAGUUCAGAUGCAGCUACUGAUGGACCGAGGUUUUACUCAGCAGCAAUGUGACGAGAUUCUAAAUAAAUAUGGCAGUUUAGAAGAAAUACUACUAUCAUCAGCUCCAAAACCUCGAAAUUGCCAAAUUACUACAAAUACAUAUGUAUUAGAUGAAGAUGAUAAGGAUUUUGUACGUGUGAAAAAAUCCAAAAAUAAACCUGCCUCAAUGUUAGUACAGUCACAACUGCAGCCGAGGGAAUUAUUUCCGAUCUGGAUUGGGAACGUAACCACUCGAAUUACUGAAGAAGCAUUGCGUGCAAUAUUUGAAACUGUUGGAACCAUACACAGCAUCCGAAUGCUUCAAGAUCGCUUUUGUGCCUUCAUCAACUACACGACCAAACGGGGAGCAGAGCAGGCCAUUGUAAAGUUACAGGGCACUGAACUCGAAGGAACCAAGCUGCUGAUUCGUCAUCCUGACAAUAUUUACAAAAACCUCGGAGCAGCCAAGAUGGCAGCUCCAACGACCAAGCCUUCACUUGUGGAGAAGGUGAAAAUCCCACCCGCCAUUGAGUGCCAUUUCUGGAGGAACGUCGGCUGUGUAUAUGGGGACAAGUGUCGCUUCCGGCACAUUCCGAAGCAUAAAGGCGUGGAUAGCAAGGUCACGCAGAAUUAAACAUCGACUGGUGCACAUUUGUGUUCUAACACUUCAAAGAAAGGAGCCAAAUUGUGAAGAAGAGAGGGCAUGAUGCCUGAUAGCCAGUGGCAGUACCCUAAUGGAUCAGUGAACAGAACAAUGUGUGAUGUGCUCUCGAGGAUAUCAUUGUGGCAGCAACGUGCAGUGCAGCCCAUUUUACAGUAAGGUUCAUGAGAGAAACAAAAACACCAAACUGGAGAGCUAACUGUGGAACUUUUUUCACCUGGGUGUCAGGCGCUGGUGUUACGAGGAAGGGAUCCUCGUGUGAACAAGAGGAGUUUCCUGUGUACCUUGCACAUCCCCAAGAAGCACAGACCCAGGAGGUUAGGACUGCCAUUGGAGCCUCUGCAGUGUGCGAACGUGAACCUGCCCACAAUAGAGGCAUUGCAAGUUUCUCCCUCCCCACCUCCAGUGUGAAGUGCUGUGGCUUCAGCAUUCAGACCACCUUCCCCCUGGUUAGAGAGGGAGUCAUUCGUAACCUGCUGCCCUCCAGCUGUGGAAGGGCUGACUGGAAUUCGGUGCUAACCUCUCUACGUCAGGUGGAAACAAGAUUCCGGGUUUGUUGUCUGAAGGCAGAGAGAGACCCUGACUUCUAUACAGAACGCGGAAUGGCUAUGCAGUUUUAAUAUUCCCUCCUGCAGUGUGUGUGUCUGGCUCGCACCUUGCAGCUGUAUCUCCCCUGCUCAUGGUAAAAAGUCUAAAAUCAGCAGCAGACUGCUGAGGGUGGAGUGCUCACACUCCUGAGAGCAUCACCCUCGAGCGCGCACACACACACACUGUUGGGGCCAUCUCUGAUGGGAAUUGAAUGAGCUGUGUAAUGUAAAUGCCUUCUCAAACCUCCUGUCCACACUCUCAGUGCACUCAAGCUUUUAAUCGGAAACUUGUUCUUAGGGCUGCUUGAUGUGGCUUGCUCCUGGAGAUGGAUUCCACACUGUGGAUUCCCAUCUCACUCAGCGUUGCCUCAGUUCCUGCCAUCAUGUCGCCAUGUCUGCAGCUCUUGCUGAUUUGAUUCCACAAACCAUGUUUCGAAAUGUGUUUAAGGGGAGAUAGGGUGGUAUUCCAACACUUCUGUCUGCCCCUUGUUGUGCCAUAUUGGAGGCAGUGUACUCUGAUAAAAUGAUGCACCCUGUUAUAAAUGAUCUGAUUUUACCUUUUAUAAAUUGCACAAUGCCUUUUUAUAUAUAUAUAUAUAUAUUUAAAAAAAAAUCAAGUUUCUAUAACCAGAUAAAAAUUGCUUUGAGAAAAAUGAGCAGUGCCAGAGACUGCAGAUACAUCCUUAUAAAAUCCCAGUCAGAUUCUUGUA